AUGCAGUCUUUCAACGUUACUUCGCCACAACAACAAAGAAACAAAGCGAAUGCACCACAACAAUCAAAAUGCAAGUUGAAAUUCGACUAUUCACCAAGUAAAGACGGCAUCGACUUCAAUCUACUUGUUCUCUUGCAUGGUCUCGGUGAUACCAAAGGACCCUUUGCAGCAUUGGGCACCAAGUUGCAACUACCACAGACUGCUACAAUGGCUGUACAAGCGCCCGAGCCAGUGCCGUAUAUGGAAGAAUGUUAUCAGUGGUAUCCAAGCUUUGAUUUCUUGACAGGCGAAUUAUUGACACCUGCUAGUCCUGAGCGUUUCAAGGGACUCACUCGAACACGGCAACAGCUGACAGAGUUACUCCAACAUCUUGUCGAUGAUUGUGGAUUUGAACCUUCAAGGAUAUUUUUGUUUGGCUUUUCGCAAGGCGGUACAGUUGCGUUGGAUCUUGCACUCUUUGGUCAAAUACGUAAUCUGGGAGGUGUUAUCAGCAUCAGUGGAUACCUAUUAGAGGAACAAGAGAAUGAAAAGAAGAUUGGCAAUGGAUAUGGAGGAUACAUUCUUGUGACGCAAGGAGAAAAGGACAGCACUAUAGGCCCACGAUCUCAAGCAGAGAAAAAGUUUUCUAUCAUCAAACGUAAAUGUUCACCAGAUGCCAUUGUUUCCCAAGUAUUCAUCUCCAACAAAGACCACACAAUGCCAAGUUCUGCUGCCGAGUGGCGCAUUAUCCAUACAUUCUUUGCCGAACGCAUGCCUAGACGUAAUCUCCAACUAGAAAACAUGUCUGAUGUUUAUCUUGUCAAUCCUUCUCGAUAA